UAUUGUUCUGCUAUCUUGUGUCAAUGCCGAGUCCGCUGAGAUGAAAUGGUCCGACUCACCCGUUCAAGCUGUUCCAGGAUGCACGAAUGCAAGUCCUCGUCCAUAUCUCUGAAUCUAAGCGCAUACUGUGCUGCUUUCUGAGCAGAUGAAACCGACGCGUUGAGAUGUUGAAGCUGGGAGGUGAAGCGCAUUCGCACUUCAAAUGGGUCGGCCAUGUUGAGAAAGUUGUGAGUUGGUUGUGCAAAGUGGAAAUUCUCAAAACGAUUUAUUAUCAGAAGACCGAAUAAGUUGAAACACAAACCACGGUUUGAGAGUAUCAGAGCCAAGGCAGAGGUAGGGAGAGAGAACAACAGAAAACUUUGGUAUAAAGUACCUACCUAGCUAUAGCGAGUAUGAAUUGUUUAGCUGAAUUAGGUGGUAGGUGAGAAGCCCGGAUAAUUUGUCGAUGAGGUUGAUAGUGGGUCUGCAAGGGGAAAGGAAUUGUGCCACGUUGUGGCCGUGCGAAGAAGCGAGUUGAUAUGAAACCGGCGGGAAUAACCAGGUCUCACCGUUCCCGCAACAUUUCUUUUUCUUGUCCAGCUUCAUCCCUCUUCCACACGAAAGGAAUCGAUCCGGCCCGGACAGGCCGAAGGUGUAACGCAUCAGUCUAACCAUAAGAGGGUUCCGGUGAAGACUUGUCGCGUGAAAGGGCUUCUGGUGAAGCCCUGAAGCAUGCUCAGGGGCGUCAGAUUCACGAAUUACCUCACUUCACAGGGGUUCACUUACACGGCCCAGGCUAGACUUUGAACUUGUCUGGAAGAAGUCGGAACCCAAUGGGAGGGUAUUGAAUGGUUCCUGUCUCCUGACAUGGUGAGACUUUGCCUGUCGGUAAUUUGCUUCGUCACUCUUCUCGGUGAAUAGCACCCGUUUGGAGAGCUUGUACAUAGAAGUAUCAACGGGCGUGAGUCUCCAACUUACCCCUUAUUUUUGACGUAUUCCGUUUUUGCUUCGUCUUGACUGUGUGGCCAGGAUGCGCAUUGGGCAGCAAAAGCACUUUCCUUUACGUUACCCAGUAAAGUUCAGCCUUUUGCGUGCAUUUGCUUCUCAGUAAACUGGUAAUAGCAUUUGUUUAUAAGUAGAAUUUUCCCACAUAAGUAUGCUCUCUUCCUCCAUUUCCCCAGUGCUUUUUUUCCCUUCCCUUUUUUAAUUAUCCUUCUUAUUUUCAGUCCCGUUUUCCCCCAUUGCUUCCUCCACUUAACCACUCGGGCCCCGUCCUUGACUCAGGUACCAAGCAUCUCCUCUAUAUAAAACUUUUAAAUAACAAGUGGCUUUUCCCUUUCAUCAACUGCAAAACAUCAUGUCUCCCAACACAAUGGCUCUCACGCCUUAUGGCUCAAACGGCAGUACAGACCUCACCAUGGCUGUUCUUGGUUGUGGAACCAUGGGAGUUGCUAUUCUCAGUGGUAUCUUAAACUCACUCGCUGAGAUGCAAGGACCUAAGCCCCUCCAGUCCCUCCCCAGAUCAGGAACCUCAACUCCUGGCGACGAGGUGCCUGAACGACUACCUUCACGCUUCGUUGCCAGUGUUGCUACUGCUGCAGGCGCUAAACGCGUCAAGGGCGCUCUCUGGGAGCAUUCCUCCAUUCUCAAGGUUGUCCAUAACGACAACAUUGGUGCUGUUCAGCAGGCUGAGGUUGUUCUGCUAACUUGCAAGCCAUGGAUGGUUAAAGAGAUCCUGAGCGAGCCUGGCAUUUCAAAAGCUCUGCACGGCAAACUUCUAAUCAGCGUUUGUGCUGGUAUCACAGUCGAGGACAUUGAAAUCGCUCUCCACGGCGCUGUCCCCUCCAAGGACCCAGAAGAGGAUGGUCGAUGCCGCAUUGUCCGGGCCAUGUGCAAUACAGCUGCCGUGAUCCGUGAAUCGAUGACUGUUAUCGCUUCUCCUAGUUCUCCCCUCGACCAUGCCACCGAGAGCCUCGUUACAUGGAUCUUCAGGCGCAUUGGUGACGUUGUCUACCUUCCCACACGACACAUGGAUGCCUCGACAGCUCUGUGUGCUUCAGGUCCCGCUUUCUUCGCCCUGGUGCUGGAAGCUGCCAUCGAUGGCGCUGUUGCUAUGGGCAUUCCCCGUGCCGAUGCUCAGCGCAUGGCUACUCAGUCUAUGAGGGGCACUGCUGGCCUUGUCCAAAAUGGCGAGCAUCCUGCUCUUCUUCGGGAGAAGGUUUGCACAUCCGGUGGCUGCACUAUUGGUGGUGUCUUGAUUCUUGAGGAGGGCAGAGUCCGUGGCUCCGUCUCGAGAGCUGUACGUGAGGCCGCUGUUGUGGCCGGUCAGAUUGGAAAGGGGGCUGACGGUGUAAAUGGCACCAGAUUUCCCGGUGCACGCUACGAAUGAAUGGAUCAUGGCCACGAACCGGCCAGGUCUUCCCAGAAAGUCCCGGCAACCAUCAUAUUCAUGUUCCCCACCUAUCUCAGACCCCGAAGUACUAUCGGACUUCCAAUGACUAGAAUCAGCCUACGAACCGAAAACAGAGCCUAAAGAGGUCGAGGAUUGUUAGACCAAGCCAAAGGCUCGGGGAACUCCUUGCUAUAGCAAAGUCUUCCUAUGGUAUAUGACUGACUAAUAAGGAUACGGUAUGGGAAAGAAGACAAAAUCCUAGUAUGGCCUUCUAUCUUGGAUUCGAUAGGACUCAGCAUUUCUCGCUGCAGACCUUUGGGAGUUAAUUAUUCUCGCCUCGGUAAAUAUGGCCGGCUUGUUUGUUUGCAUGGCGUGGCGUGGCGUGGCAUGGUAUAGCAUAGUCUUGGUUUCACUGCAUGUAGGUGUAAUGGUUUGAUUUAUACACAAGAUAGUACAUUUUCCUUCGUCCAUUAUUCCCAACGCCCAGCUAAUCCGUUCAUUCGGUUAAGCGUCAAGAAAUUAAAAUACAUUAACACCUAAGAAUCCUCAACGCGAGCUUUCUUGCUACCCGGAUCCUGUUCGGUCUCCUCUGCACCUAUCUUUCGCUUGCCAUUCGCUACUGAUUGGCUUUGAGAGUGCUUCGCUGAACGUUCCAAGGCAGCGAGGAUACGCGCAUACUCUAGUCCAACACCCUGCAGAGUAUCAUCGAGCUUGUCAACGCGCUCAUGAGGUUCGAUUUGAGACAGGACAUCUUUGUUGUGACGGUACAGUCGCUGUUUAACAAUCAAGCUCCAGAUCUUGCUCUGGAGCUUGUCGGCCUGUGUAGCUUCUGGCUUGUCUCCAUCAAUGUCCAUUGUCGGCCGUACUGAUUUGGGAAGUUGAGACAUGAGAUGCAUUUCUAGGACUCGACCGAACUGGCGAGGUGCAAUCUUAGCCUGAAGUCGGAUAGUCUCAAGCUUGUCACUACCGACAAUCAGUUUUGGCAGAGUUCCCUUCUUAGGAAGGGUAACGCUCGUAUCAAGCCGCAGGUCAUUGAAGUCGGGCAUCGUGCGGAGGAAUUGCAAAUCACAGAUGUCUCGCAAGUCAUCGAAGGCUUCAUUUGGGUCCUCCACAGUGAACUCAUACGUCUGUGAAAUCUUAUGGUAGUGCUCGAAGAUGGUCUUGUAGAGUCGUGCUCCGUUACCUUUGCCCUGGAAAGGGGGCAAAAUAACGAAUUGAGAUAGUCUUGUUCGGGAGGGCAACUCGGCGAGGUCCACCUCACCAUUUGGCAGCUCCCACUCAUCGCUUCGAGGCGACGCUGGGGGCGUGGGCGGUUGGAAAUAGUAAAAUCGGUAGAUGGUUGAGUAGCCUACAAACACAUAUGAGGUCUUGUCCGCCACCUUUCGCUUCUGGUAAAGGGCAAAGAAAGUCCAUCGAUCGGCAUCAGAGAGAUCAAGCUCUGUGGAGACCAUCUCAGGAUCUUGGCCGAUAUAAGUGCCGCCUUCGAUGAAAAGAGGAACAAA